AGAGCCGUUCGAUUGCUCGAACCCUCCGACCUUCAAUCGAAGCCUUUCCUCGCUGGAUUUCCGGUGCCUUCAAUGAAGUCUGUGGCUAUCGCAUCCACUCUUGUCGUGGCCGCACAGGGUGUGGUUCUGCACACCUGGACCUGGGGUGUGAGCUAUGGAAACCCCAAAUGCCCUUGCGUGGGCCUCUCGGGCCUUGAGGGCAGCACCACGGUGAAGUUGAACUCAACCACCUCAGUGGACUAUCCCGCCAGCUUUGCUGCCUACUGUGAGGCCUGGGACAAUGAUCGCAACAACAUCUCCUGCAAAGAGGGCCAAACACCUGGAAAGGACAAGGGCUGGUGCGCAGAGCAAUGGUGCUACGUGGAUCCCUGCAACUGCGACCUGGAGGAGCCGGCGACGAAGGUUCCUGAUGAUAGCGGCUACAUGCCACAUGCCAGCUAUCAAGGACGCGGGAUGUGGUACUCCUACCAGACCUGUGGUGGCAAGGACUAUUGGAUGACUGCCGAGAAGAAGAAGGAGCUUCAGGCUGUCCCAAAGAAGUGUAAUAAGACCGUGGACGAGAAGAAGUGGGGCGAUGAGAAGUGCCGCUGCAUCGGCUACGACGGCGCACCUGGCUCGGCGAACGUCACCAUCAAUGGCUCGGAGAUCCCCUACCCGGCGGAGACGGGUGGCAGCUGCGACGCUUGGGACGCCAAGCGCCAUCCUGAUUGCCAGGGGUCCAAGGCAGCAGCCUGGUGUUCAAAGGCCUGGUGCUAUGUGGACCCUUGCGAAUGUCAGUUGGCGGUGCCUCCCAAGACGUCCUCCUACUUGCCCUCGGGCAAAGCCAACGGGAAGCCGGUCUACUUCUCCUACGCGGCCUGUGGAAUGGACGAUGAGUACACCAAAGGGAAUGAUGAGGCCUGCGUGAAUCAGAAGGCUGAAGCCAACUGCACCAAGCUAGAGAAGUGUGCCUGGACUGGUGAGCAAUGUCUCGGCAAGGAGCUGGUGCAGGUUUGCAGUGGUGCUGCAGCACAGACAAUCUUCGCCGGUCUGGUGGCCAUGCUGACGCUCUUUGGAGCGGCCUGAGUGGCCUAGGCGGAUGGACGCGUGCAUAACCGUGCUGGGCGCCAUGUGGAACCCCGAGGAGAAAAAGUGUGGCGGAUUGCAGUGGCUGGUGUAGAAGUUGCAAGUUGGUCGUUCCCCUUCCCAUUUGCGUGAUUCUCUCCCAAAUCUCCAACACAUGCUGUCACAUGCUUAUCAAAUCCUCGGAAAAGAUGGUAUCAUCAUGUCAUUGUCAACCUCAAGAGCUUCGACUUUCACUGCUACGACCUUAGUUAGGCGUGCUUAGCUAUGAUUUGGGCCGGGGCUUUAGCGCCUCUGACGACGACUCCGCCAAUGACGCUUUCACCACCUUCAACCGUGCGGUUCUAUGGGUGAUCCAAAGUCCAGAGCAGGAGGAUGACGAGUUACUCUCGCAGAUGGAUGAGAAGGAUAAUGUCUUGGAGUUUCUGGCGGAUUUCCAUGACCGAAAGCCCAAGCACCGCGCACGGAUCACUGCUUUGGCGGUGAGGCUCUUGGAGUUUGACACCUGGG